GUAGUCAAAUGUAAAAAAGAAAAGAUAUUAUUGAGAUCUGAGUCUAAUGUUGGUCAGAUAGAAACAUUAACCAGUCUUACACCAUUGAACGAAGCUACAGGAUUGUUAGAUAUAUAUGGUUUUGAAAUAUUUGAAAGUAACAGUCUAGAACAACUGUGUAUUAAUUACGCCAAUGAAAAAAUACAACAACUUUAUGUUUCACAUUUUAUGAAAGAUUUACAGAAAGAAUAUGAGAUAGAAAGAAUAGAAUGGAGUAAUAUAAACUAUACUGAUAAUCAACAUUGUUUAGAUACUCUAGAGGGUACACAUAGUAUCUUCGGUCUUCUCAAUGAGGAAGUAUAUUUAAAUAGGAAGUGUAAUAUAAAGAUACUAACAGAACGUAUAUUAGAUAUUGGUGGUAAUAAACAAGCACCUGUUAUAAAGAAACCUAGUAAAUUCUCCUCUGAUCCUAGUUUUGUUGUUCAGCAUUAUGCAGGAGAGGUCAGAUACUCUGUAGACCAGCUUGUCAAUAAAAAUAAG